GAUUUUGGCCAGCCCAGCCAGCCGGCAAACGACCGGGCAAAUGCACCAGCUGGGGUUGGCACCACCUGAGCUCCCGUCCGGCCUCUGCCCACCUGACGUGACGACACACGAGCUCUGCCUUUUUCCUCUCCCCCAUCCACAUCCACCACGCAUCCAUCCAUCUUCUCUACCCUCUCACACACCAUCGUCUCGCCAUUGCACAUACGUCGUCUCGCGGGCACGCAUAAUCACUCCCCCUUUUCUUCACAUAUACCUUCCUACGCAAACAAACCCCAACAUCCAUCCCCUCGCAUACAUACCCUCGAAGCCAUGUCGUACGCAGACGUAGCCGCCAGCGGGCCUAAGCAAUCCCCCUCCGAGGCCGCCGCCCCGGCACCCCCCGAGAUCAUCGCCAACGAGUCCGCGUCGACGGCCUCGCUCAUCGACGUCGACGCCCCUAGCGUGCACACCGUGCCGUCCGACUUCCUCGAGCAGGACGUGCAGACGGAGACGCAGGCCGCGCGCCGCGAGCGCGAGGACGCCGCCGCCGAGGCCAAGGCCAAGGCCGAUAAGGCACGCCGCGACGCCGCCGAGAAGGCCCGCCGCGCGGACAGCUGGCUCACGGCGCAGUUCGCCAAGCUAUCCGACGGCAGCGCCGGCGCCCUCGCCCUCGCAAACGUCGCCGCCGUCGUCGGCCUCAGCUCCUACCUCGGGUACCGCGCCUGGGGCCUCUACGAAAAGGGCCGCCUCGACUGGAAGACGGCCGGCGUCGGCGUCGGCAUCCUCGCUGCCGUGGGCGCCAUCGAGUCCGUCUUUGGCGGCUACCUGUACAAGGGCCGGAAGAAGGGUGGCUCCUCUUGAGGGAAAGGGGAACUCUGACGGUUCUUUGAUGCUGGAGUUGCUGCGUGUGGGCUCUAUUUCGGCGUCGGGUCGGCCAUGGGUCUGGUGUUGUAAACGACUUGUCUCUGCUCUUGUGUAUCAAUGUUAAUACCGCUUCAAUCAUCCUCACUUGUGCCGGUUACGGUGAGCACCGUGCUUGCAAAUGCUUUGCGUCAGUUGCCGUCAUUUGAUCUGCCCAUGACAUGGAUCGAUUUAUUUAGAGUGG